AUGGCGGACGUGGAGGUUAUCCAGUUCCACCACCACCCAGCCCAAAAACAGGGGAUCAUAAAUACCUUGAUUCAUCGAGCGCGGAUCAUCAGCGAGCCAAGACACUUGGCCUUGAGAAAGAAUGGCUACAAGGCGAGAAAUAUAGAACGAGCUAUCAGGAGGAGACAUACACCCAUUAAGAAACAGGAGUACUUAGCGACGACGUAUCUACCUUACGUGAAAGGUUGUACAGAUAAAAUUGGGCGUCUUUUGAAGAAGAGGAAUAUCAACACAGUUUUCAGUACUGUAAGGCAGGUGGCGGCAGCGUUUCCAAAGACCUGCAACAACGACCAGCUCCAGGGCCCCGGUGUUUACAGUAUUCCUUGCUCUUGCGGAAAGGUCUACAUAGGACAAACAGGAAGGCACAUCAACAUGAGGUUAAAAGAACACAAAAGUCACCUCAAAAAUAACAACUGGGAAAAAUCAGCAGUAGCAAAGCAUAGGGCGGACACAGGACACACAGUGGAUCUGAGUGAAAGAGAGAGAAGAUUUUAUCCCCGACUAUACAGAGAAGCUUAA